GCGUCCACAGCAGCAGCGUCUCCUCCGCUGCGCCGACACCGACGGGAGAGAUGGAGGAAGAGUUGAAAUGCCCCGUGUGCGGCUCCCUGUUCCGGGAGCCCAUCCUGCUGCCGUGCUCCCACAGCGUGUGCCUGGCGUGCGCCCGCAACAUCACGGUGCAGACCCCGGACGGGGAGCCGCCGGCGCAGAGCCGAGCCUCCGGCAGCUCCGACUACGACUACCUGGACAUGGACAAGAUGAGCCUGUACAGCGAGACGGACAGCGGCUACGGCUCCUUCACGCCGUGCCAGCUCAAGUCCCCCAGCGGGGUGCGGGUGUUCCCCCCGGCCCCGCACCGGCACUGCUCGCUCACCUGCCCGCUGUGCCACCGGAGCGUCUCCCUGGACGAGCGGGGGCUGCGGGGCUUCCCGCGGAACCGCCUGCUGGAGUCCAUCGUGGCUCGCUACCAGCAGCACCGGGCCCCCCCGUCCUCCUCCUCCUCCAGCGCGGUCAAGUGCCAGCUGUGCGACCGCAACCCUCCGGACGCCACCGUCAUGUGCGAGCAGUGUGAUGUGUACUACUGCCCCGCCUGCCAGCAGCGCUGCCACCCGGCCCGCGGGCCGCUCGCCAAGCAUCGCCUGGUGCCGCCGCCGGGGCGGCCCCAGGCGGGCGGGGCGGCCGGCGGCACCGGCGGAGGCACCGGCGCUCCGCAGCCGCCCGCCGCCGCGCGGAAACCGGGCACCUGCGUGGACCACGAGGCGGAAAACUUCAGCUCGUACUGCUGCAGCUGCAAGGCUCCGGUGUGCGCCAAGUGUCUGGAGGAGGGGAAGCACGGGAAACACGACGUGAAGCCGCUGGCGCUCAUGUGGAAGCAGCACAAAUGCCAGCUCUCCCAGGCCCUGAAUGGCGUGUCCGACAAAGCUAAGGAUGCCAAGGAGUUCCUGGUCCAGCUCAAGAACAUGCUUCAGCAGAUACAGGAGAGCGGUGUGGAGUUUGAAGCUUGCCUCGUGGCUCAGUGUGACUCUCUGAUCGAGGCGCUGACCAGGCAGAAAGCCAAGCUGCUCACCAAAGUCACCAAGGAGAAGGAGUACAAGCUGAAGAUACAAAUGGAAGAAAUGAGUUUCCUCCGCAGGGCGCCUGGGAUCUCCGGGCUCUCCGGGCUCUCCGGACUUACAGAUAGGGUUGUGCGUGACCAGAUCACCCACUGUACCAUGAAGCUACGCCAGACCACGGGCAUGAUGGAGUACUGUCUGGAGGUCCUGAAAGAGAACGAUCCCAGCGGCUUCCUGCAGAUCUCGGAUGCCCUGAUCAAGCGGGUGAAUUCCUCUCAGGAUCAGUGGGUGAAAGGAGCCCUGGAGCCGAAGGUCGGCCCCGACUUUGACCUCACCCUCAACACCGACUCGCUCCUCCAGACCAUCCUGCAGCUGGACUUCUGCCAGGGUAAAGAUGUGCAGGAGAAACCGUUUUUGAAACAAAUGCAGCAGGCAGACAAUGGUGAGGCUGAGAUGGAGAUGGAGAGCCCAGGAGUGGAGUCUGGACCUUCGGUGCCGGCGGCGCCCCUCCUGCAGCUGGAGAAGUGCUGCACCAGGAACAACAGCGCCACCCUGGCCUGGAGGGUGACGGCGCCUUCCAGCAGUCCCAUCGAGGGCUACAUCCUGGAGCUGGACGACGGCAACGGGGGACAGUACAGGGAGGUGUACGUGGGGAAGGAGACGGUGUGCACGGUUGACGGGCUGCAUUUUAACAGCUCCUACAAUGCCAGAGUAAAAGCCUACAAUGCUGUUGGCUUGGGACCGUACAGCAAGACGGUGGUGCUCCAGACCUCCGAUGUGGCAUGGUUCACCUUUGACCCCACCUCAGCCCACCGGGACAUUGUUCUGUCCAAUGAGAACCAGUCAGUCAGCUGCAACAGCUACGAUGACCGCGUGGUGUUGGGCACCGCUGCUUUCUCCAAGGGCAUUCACUAUUGGGAGGUCAGAAUCGAUCGCUAUGACAACCAUCCAGACCCUGCGUUUGGCGUGGCCAGAAUCAACACCAUGAAAGACAUGAUGCUGGGGAAGGAUGACAAAGCCUGGGCCAUGUAUGUGGACAACAACCGCUCCUGGUUCAUGCACAACAAUUCCCACACUAACCGGGCGGAGGGUGGCAUCUCUAAAGGCUCGACCGUGGGCAUCCUGCUGGAUCUGAUCAAACGCACAGUGACUUUCUACAUCAACCAGGAGCAGCACGGACCAACGGCCUUCGAGAACCUGGAAGGCGUCUUUGUCCCCGCUGUUAGCCUCAACCGAAAUGUGCAGGUGACCUUGCUGACGGGCCUCGAGGUGCCAAAGAAAAUCUAACAGUGAGAACUCCCUUGUUCUGCCCUGAGCUUGCCUUGGCUACCAACCAACAACGAUGUCAUGUGUGGCCUCAGUUCACGUCCACCUGGAGCGUUUCCAGAAAUAUCAGCCGGGAUUCAUCUCCGCCUCAUCCUCCUCAAGGUGCCCUUUGGCCGGGAUCCUCCAUAAAGUCACCACAGAGACAAGUGGAGUUAUUUCAGAUAGUCAUGCCCUUUCCACUCCCUGGUUAUUAAUCUAACAACUCCAAGAUACAAACAAUUACUGUGUCGUCAUUAUUCCAGCUUGUGCUAUUUUAGGAAUUGUAAAAAAAAAAAAAGGAUUUUUCUUCAAAGCCGGAGACCAAACUGACAGAAGGCAUUCUCACUGUGCAGUCAAAUUAAAAAUGACACCAUUUUUAAGUUUGACAGCAACUAGGUGCUUUUGGAAGAAGAGAAACAUUGAGAGGAAAGACUGACCUCCAUGCACCCCUCUCAGGUGUGUUUACAGCCUGUAAGCUAAACCUACAGGACGGUCUCAGAAAAUUAGAAUA